AUGUUGUGGACGCGGUUUUCUGGUCUUGCGUGCGUAAUUCUCUUGGCGAUUGGCCUAGUCCAUUGUGGAGAUAGUGGUGCAGAUGCGUCUAUAGAUGGCGAAGGUUUAGUUAAAUCUGCGGGUCAGAAGUUGAACAAGAUUGUUUUCGAAGCUCCGAAUACGCCGGAAGACGCUAUACUAGCGUUAUACUUCACAUCUCCCGAUGAUAUGGAGAAAAUGGUCCUUUCAACCGCUGCGAAGGAAGGUGUUGAUGCUGCGAUUUCCAAAUACGAAGGAAAAUGGUCUAUUGAAGUUCCUGCAACUAGCGCCAUCGAAAACGACUAUUCCCUCGUUUUGAAAUCAGAAGGCAAACAUCAUGCUAUCGCAAUAGAUUUGGGACGCGAGUUCAAUUUCGAUAAGGAUGAGUUCGUCGUUCAAUACGAAGUGAAAUUUAUGAAUAAGCAAACCUGUGGCGGUGCAUACAUUAAACUGUUAUCUGCCUCCCCAAACCUUAAUCUGAGUGCAUUUCAUGAUAAAACACCUUACACCAUAAUGUUUGGACCGGACAAAUGUGGAAUGGACUCAAAGCUUCACUUUAUAUUCCGUCAUAAGAAUCCUAAAACUAUGGAAAUUCAAGAAAAACAUAUGGACAAACCGACUGCAACACUGGAGUCCCUUUUUACGGAUGGAAAGACGCACCUAUUUACUUUUGUCACUCGAUCCGACAACUCCUUUGAGGUGUAUGUGGACCAGUCUCUGAUGAAAUCUGGGAACCUUCUUAGUGAUUUUACGCCUCCUGUGAAUCCACCAACCGAAAUCAUUGAUCUGAAUGACAAAAAACCGGAAACAUGGGAUGAACGGGAAAAAAUUCCUGAUCCUGAUGCCAAGAAACCGGAUGACUGGGAUGAGUCAGCUCCGCAAUUCGUUAUAGAUGAAGAUGCCACUAUGCCUGAGGGUUGGCUCGUGGACACACCAAAACUGAUUUCUGAUCCCAAGGCGGAAAGACCAUCUGAUUGGAAUACCGAGACAGAUGGUGAAUGGGAGGCGCCCAUGAUCGAUAAUCCUGAUUGUCAGUCUGCUCCUGGAUGUGGACCGUGGGAGAAACCAAAGAAGUUGAAUCCGAAUUACAAAGGUAAAUGGUCUCCUCCUAUGAUCUCCAAUCCCAAAUUUGACGGGAUUUGGAAGCCCAAAAAAAUCCCGAACCCUGACUACUUCGAGGAUAAACAUCCCUUCCGGAUGACACCCAUUCGCGCGCUUGGUUUGGAACUCUGGUCUAUGACAGCAGAUAUUGCGUUUGACAAUUUCUACAUAGGAACUUCGAAAAAGGGUGCUGAUAAAUUUGCUGCUGAGACUUGGGUCCUUAAGCAGAAGGCUGAGGAGCAAUCAAGGGUCGAUGGGAGAAGUGUGUUUGAUGCCGCUGUCGAAAUGGUUUCUGGAAAACCGUGGCAUGUGACAGCAGGCAUUGCCGGUGGUUUCCUUGUCCUGGCUCUCUUCUUCUACUGCUGUUGUCGCUCAUCUGCUGCAAAAGGUGGUGCCUAUUACAAGAAGACUGAUGAGCCCGUCCCUGACAGCAAUCCAGAAGAAUCAGACGCAGCUGGCGGCAUGGAGGCUGAUGCUGAGAGGAGCGGAAGUGAUAUCGAUAAGGGCGAAGCGGAGGAAGAAGAAGAUGGUAGUGAUGCGGAGGAAGAGGAGGAACCCAGUCCCUCGGCCACUCGUCAAAGAACCCGCAAGGAGUAG